AUGCGCUUUAUCGGUAAAAUACCGCCCGUUUAUCCAAAUGGAUGGUUUUGUAUUGCUGAAUCAAGACAAAUUAAGCUUAAAGAAGUGAUGCCAAUCAUCUUUCUAGGACAACAAUUAACAUUACUCCGAUCGGAAUCCGGAAAAGUAUACUUAAUCAAUUCAUACUGUCCACAUUUGGGUGCAAAUUUCAGUGUUGGCGGACGUGUUGUCAACGAUAAUUGUAUUCAGUGCCCAUUUCAUGGAUGGAUAUUCAACGCGGAAACAGGCAUAUGUGAGCGCAUUCCGUAUGAAACAAGUAAUACAAUACCGGAACAAGCUAAAGUAUCAACUUGGCCAGUAAUAGAAAAAACAUGCAUAUUUACGCCUGGUAGGUAUCAUUGUGGUGGGGAAGAUCCGGAAUGGCAAAUUCCGGACAUCGAUGAAAUUACAAGCGGUGAGUGGACAUACAAAGGUCGAACAGAACAUGAAAUUAAUUGUCAUAUUCAGGAAAUACCAGAAAAUGGUGCUGAUAUUGCACAUUUAAAUUAUUUGCAUUUGGCCGGCAUAAACAAUGGUAAUGAUAUCACUAAGAUUGAAAUGGAAAAAUUAGAACCAGCAAUACGGCAUAUUUGGAAUGGUCGAUGGGAGCAACAACCGGAACCGGAAAAACAUAUCGGUGUGAUGCAUUUAAAGCAAGUGAUGACUUUCAUGAAAAUCCCAAUACCAUUGACAUAUAGCAGUUUGCAAGCACGACAGAUAGGCCCAGGUAUCGUUCAUAUGAUAUUUGAUUUUGGUUGGCUUGGACGUGGAGUCGUCUUACAACAUGUUACACCUGAAGAACCACUAUUUCAACGUACACGUUUUGUAAUGUAUUCAAAUCUUCCCAAAUUAUAUGCUAAUUUCUUUCUACUUUGUGAAGCAAUUCAUUUUGAACGUGAUAUUUGCAUUUGGAAUCAUAAAUGUUACAUGAAACGACCAUUAUUAACCAAAAAUGAUGGUCCAAUUUUAAAGCAUCGACGUUGGUAUAAUCAAUUUUACGCUGAUAACAGUCCACGUUUAGAAUCGAAUGGUAAACUUAGCAAUGAAGUGAAGUCAAUUUUUGAUUGGUGA